UACAAAACUGUAGUAGGAGAAAGAAUACCUUAUUCCAUAUUAGGAUUCAGAAACCUUGAAGAGUUUAUACGGUCAGAUCCCACUCUCACGUUAACUGUGAGCAAUGGAGAGAAAUUAGUAUCUGCUUUAAUUAUUGAGGAAUCUGCUCAUAUCAGUAAGAUGGUAGCAGCUCAGAAGACUGGUAAAAGAACAAAGAACAAAUUCAGUUACCAAGGCAGACCGGCCACGACUUCUCGCUGGCGUCCCAAGCAUGCUGGGCAAAAUAACAAAAAAUAUCACACUUCAUCUCGACCCGCUGCAGUAUCUCACAAUCAGUUUGUCAACGUCGGUCGUGAACAGAAAGCGGUCCAUUCGCAGUCGUACAGAACGGUGCACAGACAAAACUCUCAACUCAGCUCCAGGUUGCAAGUGGCCGAACCAAUUUCUGAUAGAAGAGUCUUCACAAACGAACAUUCUUCAAAGGUGCAAGUGAACUCGUUAUCGAAUAAUAGGAAGGAAGAGGAAGUAUCGAAAAUAAGCAGUUGUAGGCAGAGAAUAUCGAAAAAAAUGUCGGAAAUGAGUUUGGAUAGAGAUAGUGGAAAUAGCAGUCCUACUGCAGAUUUACCUCUAGCUGGUGGUUUACCCCAAAUGCAACCAAUUUUUCAGCAGCCUCUGCCUCAGGGACCAUCAACUCAACAACCAUUCUCUUCGAUAUUUCCUUCACAAACAUCUGUUUAUCAACCACGGUUGAAUACGGUUCCAGAAUUAGUUCUUACAGGAGAACCGAUAUCCGACUUGAAGAGGUUUGCGAAAUAUCACAAUUUGGGUGAAGUUGACGUUUCUGUGAAGCAAGUGAAAACGAAAAUGAACAGAUUGUAUACCUGCCUAAUUAAGGUUGCCAAUGAAUCCUUCACAAGCUAUCCUAAGGAAUUCAGUACUCCUUUAGAGGCCGAGGUACAAUGCUCUAAAGAAGCCCUUGAACAUCUUUCUUCCAAGUUGAAAAAAAAGAAGCCACUCUUGUUAGCAAAUGACAGGGAUAUUCUAGAACGGAUACCUCCAUUGCUUGAAAAACACCCCUACGGUAUUUGGGCAUCACAGCUUGAACUUGUUUAUACCGACAAAUAUAAUGAACAGUUGCCGUAUGACUGGUUGAAAGUUAUCGAUAGUAGUCCAUGCAUUCAAAUUCAGAAAUCUUCAGAGAAGUACAUUUUGAACCACUGUGAACCCGGCGAAGUCUUACAGAAAGAACAACAGAGGAAACUAUUAGCAAACUUGGCAGAUGUUUCAGUACCUGCAAACACUGUUUCAUUUGUCGAAGAUGGCAAAUUAUUUGCCGAAGUUACUUGUGUUAUAGCCGCAAACGAAAUUUGGUGCAGGCAGUGUGGAACAGAAGAAUGUACUAAAUUCAACCAAAUGGAGGCUGAUAUGGAGAAAUUUUACACAAACCAUAAAGACAAUCAUAGAGUAGCUGAAGUUACACCUGAAAGUUACUACGUUACACAAAUCGAAAACUUUUGGUAUAGGAUACGAGCAAUUACGAAUGUUGAGGGUGAAGUGUCCUGUUUCCUUAUCGAUUAUGGAGAUGAAAUGAUUGUACCGAUCGAUAAAGUCUAUGAACUCCGAAAAGAAUUCGCUUUGUCACAGGCGCAGGCUUUCGUUUGUCGGCUGUUUGGCCUUGAGGAUUUAUAUGAAAUUUCCGCUUCCUCUGUAGUGCUUCAACAAAUAUUAUAUACUUUCGUAACUUUGGAAUUGGCUAGUGAUAACGUAGUUAAAAAUGAUAUUAUUCCUGUUUAUAUGUACGACCUUGAAACAGGAACGUCAGUAAAUGAGGAUAUGAUACAUCGAAUAGCCAUAGAAUCUGCACUUCCCGUUCUCCAAAAUGGAAUGAUUACGGAAGUCUUCGUUUCCAAUAUCGAGAAUGAUGGAGAUAUAUAUGUUCAACUCCGUUCGCCCGGUUAUUUUAGUCUCCAAACACUUCUGGAGGAUCUUGAAAAACAAAUUACGUCAGACCCUCCCACUCAUUUGAUAAGGCCAGUGACGAAACGUGAUAGCGAGGGAAAGUUUUAUUUUGGCAAGAACAAAUUUGAUGGUCGUUGGCACAGGAUCGAAUUGAUCGACUGGGCUCCAAACGAGGAAUUGGCCCAGAUACAUUUCAUUGAUUAUGGCCACACAGACGUCAUCAAUGUGAAGGAUGAAAUUUUGUAUCCGUUAGAAACGCUGAGUGAUAUUUUGAGUCAGUAUCCACCACAGGCAGUCAGAGUUAAAAUGGCAAUGGACAGCGAUAUACCAGAGAACUUUGUAUCACUCGCCAAGAAGGCCAUGCCCGAAAACAACCCCGUCCUUCUAAAAAUAAUAAGAGAAGACGAAAACGAACGUUUUGCCGAAUUUUUCAAACGAAAUACAGAUGGCGGACUUUUCUGUAUUAAUAAAUCUAUCACAAUGGAAGUCGAAAUGAAGAAGGAAGAUAUCAAAAGCAAAACUCUCAGGAGAAAUCCCCUACACUGGGAAGGAGCUAACAAGAAUGUUCCGUCCGGUGGAAAAUUGAAAUCUCCGAAAAUUCCAGAGAAGCAGGAAUAUUUUGAAGUGCACGUUUCCCUUGCAGUGAGCCCUUACAAUUUUUUUGUACAGCCCUUAGAAUCUCAGAGCAAAUUACAUCAGUUGAUGGAGCAAUUGCAGGAAAGGUACAAAGAGGUGUUGUACAGCCCUUUGUCAACGGAUCAGAUCAUUCCUGGCAAUAUAUAUGCUUCAAAGUUUGAUGAUGGGAACUGGUACAGGACCAGUGUAAUCAAAGUUAUACACUCUGGGUCGAUAUCCGUAUUUUAUUGUGAUUUCGGAUAUUACGGCAACCUGAAUGUACAGCAGUUGAUUCCUCUCGAUGUUGAGUUCAUGCAGCUUCCUUAUCAGGCUCUAAAAGCUAAGCUUCAUAGUGUGAAACCAAAAGAAUCGAAAUGGACCAUGGAGGACUGUAAUUAUUUUAAAGAAAUGGUAGAGAAAAAAUCAUUUUAUUCUAUCAUCAUAGAUAUAGAGAAAGACGAAUUGUAUGAAUCAGAUUUAGUACUGCAGUUGGUGUUGAUAGAUACUUCAACUUCUGAAGACGAUAUUUAUAUCGGAACUGAGUUAAUAAAAAAAGGCAUAGCAGUCGAAGUGAAAAAUUGAGAAAAGUAAUUUCUCACAGAUAUUAUCUGAAUUACUUUGCUUUAAUCAUUACCAAACCGAGCGUGAUCACUUAGAUGAUAUCAAGAUGAAGCUUGCUACACUAUUGUUGAUAAAUAUGGCUGUUCAUUUAGAGUUUGUGAGUUGUCCUUGCAAAAGAUUUUUAUAUCAGAUUAUUAUUUAUUGAUUACUCUUUGUUUUGUUAACGUAGUUUAGUCUGUUGUCAUUCAUGUAUCACUAAUUGGAAAUCAAUAUUGUUCUUAUUUUCUAUAAUACUUGCUUUAAUGACAUCACCUUACCUAUCUCAACUGUUCAAUAUGUAGACACGAUAUGAGAAGGAACUGAUCAAUUUGAAAAUAUAAUUUCAGCUGUCUGUAGUAAUGGAUUUUUUAUUUGCA